AUGUUUGGCACGUGGAAGUACGACCCCGAGACCGACGAGGUCCAGAACCUGCGUCAGGCCUUCGACCCCAUCACAGCACGAUCAAGCCAGCACCAGGCAUGCAACCGCUGUCACGAGAAGAAGCUCAAAUGCAGUGGGGAGAAGGACGGCUGCGAACGGUGUGCAGCCAACAAGCUCCAGUGCGAGUACACCCGGUCCAGCUCCAGAGGCUCCCGCCGGGGCAAGAAGAACCGCGUCAGAUCUACCGAAGGUGCAGCAGCAGCCAGGGAGGACUCCCCGUCCAACCCUCCUCCGCCGCCGCGUAGAUCCCACAGCAGAAGCAGCCAGCUCUCGCCAAACCAGCCUACAACAUCUCUGUCAACCAGGGCAGCUAGGCCCGCCGCGCCAACACCGACACCCCCGCUGCAGCCGCCAGCAGAGUACGACCAGGAGCGCAUGCUGGACCGCCUCGACUUCUCGCUGCUGCAGCCCGAGGACAGCUUCGACCUGGGCUCCCUCUCGGACGCCCAGUACGCCGGGGGCUUCAUCCCGACGACGACCCUGGCGACGUGCGGCGCCUACCACGCCCAGGCGAUGACGGCGACCUCACCGCCGAUAUUCCACCACCACGAUGCUCCGCGCCAUGACAGCGACAGCUACCAGGCGUGGCACCAGCAAGGCUUCGUGCAAGUGCCACCACCACAAGCCUCAGCGGCCGCCAUGGGGCAUCCACAUCUGGCAACCUCCGGGCAGGGGUACGCCGUGCCCAUGAGCACCUACACGUACCAGCCGGGCUACCAGAGCCAGUUAGACCCUCGAUACCAAUGGGUCCACCGGGGGGAUGGGGAAGAAAGGUAG